CAGAGAGGGAGCACAGAGCUGGGGGGAUUUUUGCUACUCCUCCAGAUUUGGUCAUGGGAGUAUAUCCACAUUGGCCGUCCCAUUAUAGUUGGAUAUCAUGGCAUUGAUGGACAGCCACUGCCUGAUGAGCCUCCACGUCUGCUAGGACCACAUCAUGUACGGGGCGUGGACCCUCUAGGCCGUCGGUAUGUUUUCAAUCGUUUAUAUUUGUGUUAGUUUUUGUUGAAUGUAAAUGCAUUAAUAAAAUCCAUAUUAUUGAUAUUGUAACAUUAAUGGUUAGGUGGCUAUAUGCUGGUUUAUCUCGCAUGUCAUCCGCUACUGGCCUCGGUGUGUACAGGGAUGCAUUGGAUCGGAUGUCUGAGGACCAGAUCACAUGGAUGCCGUAUAGACCUGAUAUGUUAGCAGAGUUGCCCCCAGCUGGACGAGAGCAGACUCACAUAUGGCGAGCACGUGUGCCGCUGAUAUGUUUUGACAUUGUUGAGCUUCAUUUGCCUGAUAGAGUCAUGCGACAGUUUGGGUUUGAGCAGGUCAUUCCCCGUCCUAUCGACACUUAUGUAGAGCUGCAUAAGCUGGAUAGGCGUGGGAAGCAUACAGAGGAUUGGGCACUCAGACAUGUCCGAUACGUGACUAUGUGGGAUAGGAGAGCUGAGCUAGCCGUGGCUGGGACACCCACAUAUGUGCCAUCAGUUUCAGGAGAUUACAUGGGAUGGUACUACAGCAUCACUCGGUUGUUUGUGUCUCCUUCGUUCAGACUCCCUACUCAUCAUUAUCAGCCUAGCUCAUUGGCAUUGCAUCUUACGACCCGAGCUUUGCAGCGCAUACAUCAGCGGGCUACUGCCACUGUGACUGAUAUUCCUGAUGUGGACAUGUAUGGACAGACUCUGACAGGCAUUGCCUCGUUAUGCUCAGAUGUGUUGGGUCGAGUAGACUACGGACAUCUUAUACACAUGCCCGCAUCUCAGGAGAUGGCAUCCACGUCUACUGCAGCCGCGGCUUCAUCAUCCCAGACGCAACAUGAGAGAGUGGUUCUUCAACCACGACAACGCCGUAGGCGUAGACAUGAGCAGCAACAUCUCCAUGACGAAGCUGAUGAUGGGAACUUGUAGUUUGUCUUUUGUAUUGUAGUUUUUCUAAUGCAAUAGAUGUUGUAGGAACAAUUUACAAGUUUUGAUGUAUUUUCUCUUGUUAAGUAUUCUAUGUUGUAUUGAUGUGUUUGAGUAUGAAUAUUACAUGAUUAUUUGUUAUGGCAUAUAUGAUGAUUGAACUGUGUUAUACCGGUUAUGAUUUGAAAGUUUUUUAGUGGUGUUUAUAA